CAUCAUGGCACCGUAUCCUAAAAUACGUACUUCAACCAUGCAUUUGUCAAGUCUCUCCACGCUGGAUGACUGGAUUACGUACUUCAUUAUAUCAUUGCUGUAGAGAGGGAGGGAAAAGGGAGCUGAUAGGGAAAGUGAGAAAAAGAGAUAAAAAUCGGCAAGAGAAGAGAGUAGUAGCAGUGAGGCCAUUUAAACGCAUUUUCCCUAAAAGCAGAGACAGCAAUUAUCAUAAAAUAUACACAAAACAGACUCAGGUACGUGGACAAAUUCACUUCUCUGAAGCGCAUAGGCGAGUUUCACCAUUAUGGGCCCUCCCUGCGUGACGCUGGUAUUGGUAAUCCUCGCGGCCCUUGCAACGCCAUUGGCUGGGGAGGAUAAUGAGCUGGACCACGGGUACUGGAACUACAGAGAGGGAGCGGAUAACGUGAACGUCGCGUCCGUGCGCAGCGUCACGCGGGUUCUGGACGCGUGGGGAAAGCGGAUCUUUAAUGAAAUUAAGCACCUGCUGCACUCGCAGCCGACCGCACUGUUACCGGACUACUCCAGGGUGCGCCCCCUCUCAGAAUCCCUCAACGACCUCUUCAGAGAAGUCUCUCUCUUACAGCGGCGCAUCUCAGAACUCUCCAAUCGCCUAGCAACCCUGGAACCCUAUCUCCGUCGCCACGGCUACCGUGCGGAAGGAGAGGAGGAAGGGGGUGGUAGGAUAUCAGCUCCUCAGAGUGCGAGGGGAGGAGGGGCAAGCUUGUCUAAAUACCCCCCAAGGUACAGAGUCAAAGUGGUACGUCCAAAGCACACUAUGAUACGGAGGAGAAGGGUGAAAGUGUACAAGAAUGGGGGAGUUAGGGUGGCUCAGCAAGAGAGAUAGCGGGAGACAGUGAGAAGAGUGGAAAAUAGAGAGAAAGAGAAAGAGGAGAAUAAUUCAGUGAAAGGAGCUGAUGGGGGAGCAAGAAACUGAGUGGAGAGGAAGAGGGAAGGAAAAUUAUUCAAAGAAAUUUUAAUCCUCCUAUUUAUAAUCCUCCAAAUGGUAUACAGUAUCAAAAUGAUAAAAUUAUUGAAUAUACAAUGUCAGAAGAGACAUAAACAUAAUCACUUAUAAUCAUUUAUUGCUUCAUUAUUACUCAUAUAAUGAAGAACACGUUUUCAUAUAAUUUUGUCUUUUGUGCUUGUUCGGUGGGAAGGGUGCUGGAGUAUGAAGUUAAUAAAUUCGUAACAGUA